UCCGGAUUCUUAGCGCGGACUCGGAGCGCCGCUUUUCUCUACGUGCUUUGCACAUGCGCGGCUGCUUUUCUCUUAUUCCUCCGCUUCCCCUGGCGUCCACGGUUCGCGGAGCCGCCGCCAGCGCGGCGGAGAAGUCGCGAAGUUCAAGAUGGCCGCCGCGGAGCCCCCGUCGCUGCGGGAGCAGCCGGAAAUGGAUGAUGCUGAUAAUUCUGAAAAGAGUGUGAAUGAAGAAAAUGGAGAAGUAUCAGAAGACCAAUCUCAAAAUAAACACAGUCGUCACAAAAAAAAGAAGCAUAAACAUAGAAGUAAACAUAAGAAACAUAAACAUUCCUCAGAAGAAGAUAGGGAUAAAAAACACAAACAUAAGCAUAAGCAUAAGAAACACAAAAGAAAAGAAGUUAUAGAUGCUUCUGACAAAGAAGGCCUGUCGCCUGCAAAAAGAACUAAACUUGAUGAUUUAGCUUUGCUGGAAGACUUGGAAAAACAGAGAGCCUUGAUUAAAGCUGAGCUUGAUAAUGAGUUAAUGGAGGGAAAAGUUCAGUCUGGAAUGGGGCUCAUUUUACAAGGCUAUGAGUCUGGCUCCGAAGAAGAAGGAGAGAUUCAUGAAAAGGCAAGAAAUGGAAAUAGGUCCAGUACCAGGUCUUCCAGUACACGGGGAAAACUUGAAAUUACGGACAACAAAAAUAGUGCAAAAAAACGAAGUAAGAGCAGAUCCAAAGAACGGACUAGACACAGGUCAGACAAAAGGAAAAGCAAGGGAACUGUUGACCUAGUGAGAGAGAAAGCAAACAGGAGUAAGUCCAAGGAGAGGAGAAAAUCCACAAGUCCUUCCAAAAGAAGCAAGUCUCAAGACCAAGCAAGAAAAUCAAAGUCCCCUCCCCUUAGACGGCGUUCCCAAGAAAAAAUUGGGAAGGCCAGAUCUCCUACUGAUGAGAAGCUUAAGAUUGAAGAUAAAGGUAAAAUAAAAGAUAGGAAGAAAUCUCCCAUUGUAAAUGAGAGAAGCCGAGAUCGAUCUAAAAAAUCCAGGUCCCCAGUUGACUUAAGAGAUAAAUCCAAAGACAGAAGGUCAAGAUCCAAAGAGAGAAAGUCAAAACGGUCUGAAAUUGAGAAAGAAAAGAAGCCAAUUAAAUCUCCUUCAAAAGAUGCCUCUUCUGGGAAGGAAAAUAGGUCACCUAGUAGAAGACCUGGCCGUAGUCCUAAAAGAAGAAGUUUGUCUCCAAAACAGCGGGACAAGUCAAGAAGAAGUAGGUCUCCACUUCUCAAUGACAGAAGAUCUAAGCAGAGCAAAUCACCUUCUCGAACUCUGUCUCCAGGUAGAAGGGCUAAGAGCCGAUCCUUAGAAAGAAAACGAAGAGAGCCAGAGAGGAGACGACUUUCUUCUCCAAGAACGCGACCUCGAGAUGAUAUUCUCAGUAGAUGUGAACGAUCAAAAGAUGCCAGCCCCAUCAAUAGGUGGUCUCCAACCCGAAGAAGAAGUAGGUCUCCCAUUAGAAGGAGAUCUCGUUCUCCAUUGAGACGCAGCAGGUCUCCAAGAAGAAGAAGCAGAUCUCCUCGGAGAAGAGAUAGGAGUCGAAGGAGCAGGUCACGCUUGAGAAGAAGGUCUCGAUCAAGGGGUGGCCAUAGGAGGCGGAGCAGAAGCAAAGUAAAGGAAGACAAAUUUAAAGGAAGCCUCUCUGAAGGAAUGAAAGUUGAGCAAGAGUCUUCAUCUGAUGAUAACCUUGAAGAUUUUGAUGUAGAGGAAGAGGAUGAAGAAGCUCUGAUAGAACAGAGGAGGAUACAGAGGCAGGCGAUUGUGCAGAAAUAUAAAUAUCUUGCUGAAGAUAGCAACAUAUCCGUGCCAUCGGAGCCGAGCAGCCCCCAGAGCAGUACGAGAUCACGUUCGCCUUCUCCAGAUGACAUCUUGGAGCGGGUGGCUGCUGAUGUAAAAGAAUAUGAGCGGGAGAAUGUUGACACGUUUGAGGCCUCAGUAAAAGCCAAGCAUAACCUAAUGACAGUUGAACAGAAUAAUGGUUCAUCUCAGAAGAAGCUUUUGGCGCCUGAUAUGUUUACAGAAUCUGAUGAUAUGUUUGCUGCUUAUUUUGAUAGUGCUCGUCUCCGGGCUGCUGGCAUUGGGAAAGAUUUCAAAGAGAAUCCCAACCUCAGAGAUAAUUGGACAGAUGCAGAAGGCUAUUACCGUGUGAACAUUGGGGAAGUCCUAGAUAAGCGUUAUAAUGUGUACGGCUACACUGGGCAAGGUGUGUUCAGCAAUGUUGUACGUGCCAGAGAUAAUGCAAGAGCCAAUCAAGAAGUGGCUGUAAAGAUCAUCAGAAACAAUGAACUCAUGCAAAAGACUGGUUUAAAAGAACUGGAGUUCUUGAAAAAACUUAAUGAUGCUGAUCCUGAUGACAAGUUUCAUUGCUUGCGCCUCUUCAGACACUUUUACCAUAAGCAACACCUCUGUCUUGUAUUUGAGCCUCUCAGUAUGAAUUUGCGAGAGGUAUUAAAGAAAUAUGGCAAGGAUGUUGGUCUUCAUAUUAAGGCUGUAAGAUCAUACAGUCAGCAAUUGUUCCUGGCAUUGAAACUCCUUAAAAGAUGCAACAUCCUGCAUGCAGAUAUCAAACCAGACAAUAUUCUGGUUAAUGAAUCAAAGACAAUUUUAAAGCUUUGCGAUUUUGGAUCGGCUUCACAUGUUGCAGAUAAUGACAUAACGCCUUAUCUUGUCAGUAGAUUUUACCGUGCUCCGGAGAUCAUUAUAGGUAAAAGCUAUGACUACGGUAUUGACAUGUGGUCUGUAGGUUGCACCCUAUAUGAACUCUAUACUGGAAAAAUCUUAUUUCCUGGCAAAACUAAUAACCAUAUGUUGAAGCUCGCCAUGGAUCUCAAAGGAAAGAUGCCAAAUAAGAUGAUUCGGAAAGGUGUUUUCAAAGACCAACAUUUUGACCAAAAUCUGAACUUCAUGUACAUAGAGGUUGAUAAAGUAACAGAGAGGGAGAAAGUUACUGUCAUGAGCACCAUUAAUCCAACUAAGGACCUGUUGGCUGACUUGAUUGGGUGCCAGCGACUUCCUGAAGAUCAACGUAAAAAAGUACACCAACUAAAGGACUUGUUGGACCAGAUCCUAAUGUUGGACCCAGCUAAGAGAAUUAGCAUCAACCAGGCCCUGCAGCAUGCAUUCAUCCAGGAAAAAAUUUAAACGAGAUGAAGAAACUCCAAGGGUUUGAGUAAUUAAAUACAAAGACUGAAGAAAUUUCACAGCAGUUUAUUAUUAAUGUAUAUAAACUUAUAAAUAUUUCGGCAGCAAAUUUGAGGAAGCAUGAUAUAUUUGAGUUAACACCAAGGGUGAUAUUUCUUUUAGAAAUGUUAGUUAAUCUGUUUUGUGUCUUAUGUGAAAUUUCACUGUAGAAAUGUUUUAAUUGCUAAGACUGCACAAAAUUACAGUGCUAAUGUAUAUGGUUGCAGUUCACAUAAAAGACAAAAGCAUCUGUUAUGAGUAGCAGUGCUGGGUGGUUGAUUUGUUUUUAGCAAACUUGGCUUCAUUUUGGUCUUCAGAUACAAUGGCCAGCAUAAAUGCUGUUUAUAUUCACGUUUUCCUAGGUGUGUGUGUGCAGGCCACAGCAGCAUGCCCUUGGUGUAGUCAGUGCCGAAGGGAGUCUGUUCCUUCUUGAGCCUGCCUGCAGGGAUGUCUCCUCUUUUAAAGCAGGUUGUGUACAACAUUCAGUACACUGAAGGUAAGCUAAACCAUCAACAUCACCAGUGUUUUAAGAUGUUAUUUUAUUGGAAUAAUUGAAAAUGAGGGAUAGCUUUGUGGCAGAAUUUCCUGCAUGUGUGAUAACUGAUCUUGUUUUAUUUUUGGCAUUGCGACUGUGGCAUAGUUACAGUUUCUGUUCUGUUCAUCACAUUUAAAAUUUGAAGCGAAUGCGCUUGAUGGAUAGAGCGCCUUCAGUGUACUGUUUCUUAUUAACUUUACUUUUUUUUUUAAUCAACUUGCUAUAGACUUUAUAAACAUUUUGUUAAUACAGUUCUUAGUGACAUAAAAACUGCAUAGUUUUCAUUUACUAAUUAAAAUGUUGAGGCCUACUUCUGAAAGUCCUCAUAUUUAAAAGAUAGACAACAUAAUGAGAUUUUUAACUAUUUGUAUGUCAUUUUGAAAGUGUACUGCUUUAUGGUAAAAGUGUUUUUCAUUUGUUCAUUGUUUGCAUUAUUUGUGAUCAUGUUGUCUUUCAAUACAGGCAUAAACCUUCCACUCUUGAACAAAGCAGCUGCUUUUUAAAAGCGGUAAUUGCUUCUUUACCUUUUAUUUCUUUUGUAAAUGAAGCUUUUCUUUUAAAAUGUGACUUUAAAGUGUUGUCUAUUGCAUAAACAGUUGACACUCACUUACUGUAAAGUGGAGAUUGUUCUAUUGCAUGGGAAGUGGACCGUGCAGAUUUCUGUAUGUUCUCAGUAUGCAUCACUAGAUAAUAAAGUCUUUUGUGAACAAGGCAUUUGUAGCCAUUUUUAAAAGAUUUUGUCUUCAGUGCUGGUAAGUCAGGUAAACUGUAAAUAGUUAAAAAGUCUUUGUUUUUCUCCUGAAAUUAUUGCCUACUAAAGAUAUAACUUAGUCUAGCCUGAUUUUUAAAUUUUUCUUAAUAAUUAGGAUCUUAAUUAUUUCAUCCAGAUAAAAAGUCCUGCAAAUUUUGUCAGCUUUCAGUGUAGUGAGGUUAUUCCUGUAGGUUAUGGGUUAUAACUCAGGAUUUAACUAAUGUUUCUGCUAUUUUCUCACUUUUCCUUUUGAUGGUGCGGAAAGAGAAAAAGGAAAACGGGGCACAGGCCAUUCGACGCCUUCUCCAAGGGGUCUGAUUUGCUGAGACACCAGCUUCACCUUCUUAACAAGGCACCUAAUUACAACAAGCAUGCACAUUUUGGUGCAUUCAAGAAUGGAAUAUCAGAGUAGCAGCAUUCUCCUGGUGGGUUAUGCUCCAUAUAAAGACAUGAAAUGAACUACACAGCCAGGAAGGUGAUAGAUGAGAUAAUAAGCCACCUAUGAAUCUACACCCCGUCUCUUCAUGGUUAGACUUAACUAAAAUAAAUACCAGGUGAUUUUCAUCUGCAGGUAGAGUGAGGCCUUUUAAAUAAGGCAUCACGGGUGCAGCAACCACCUUAAUGAUAUAAGUAGUGAUUUUUCCCACCAUGAUUUACUUUAUUUUGGUGCUAGUAUGCUGCAUAUUCAAGUCUUUUGUAGUUGUUUUCACUCAGUAGUUAAUGCUUUGCUUCUGGUGGUUUUCAUGACUUCAUUUUAUAGUUACUUAAUAAGUUAAUUUCCACUAGAAACAAUUCAUCUUAUACCUUCAAAGCUGUUGCCUGCUCUUUAAAAAAAACAAAGUUGCUUGUUACUUGUUCUUUGUGUUUUAGGUGCGGCUAAGUGGAAGAUGAUGACAGCCAGAAGACAUGAGCCAAGGUUUCUGUCCCAUAAACGAUCUUUUCACUUCUCAUUUAGUGUGUGUCUGAUUUUUAGUUUCAACAUUAUAAUUCAGGUCUUGUUGCUGUGGUACUUAGAGUAGUUGUGCUCAUCUGGAAAGGGCUUAUUUUGAUCACAUUUGCUGCAGCUAUACCCUUCCUCUAAAAUAAAAAUCAGGUUUAGUCACAUAAAGUCCCACAUUUCAUGGUUGUUAAAAAUCAGGUCCUAAAGAUCACUAAGAAAACAUAGCUGCCGGGCGGUGGUGGCGCACGCCUUUAAUCCCAGCACCCGGGAGGCAGAGGCAGGCGGAUCUCUGUGAGUUCGAGGCCGGGCUGGACUGACAGCCCCCAAUACAGAGAAACCCUGUCUCGUAAAACCAAAAAAAGAAAAAAAAAGGAAAAAAAGAAAGAAAGAAAACAUAGCUGCCAAGUUAGUGUACAUUGGAAAGUAAUCUGCAUGUAGGGUGUGGUAGCCACACCUGUAGUCUCAGUACUGGGGCAGUGGAGGAGGCAGAAGAAGAAGGGUUUGGAGUUGGAGUUCAAGGCCUUCCUGGUCUGUAUUAGACCCUCUUUUUUUUUUUUUUUUUUUAUUCUUUAGUUUUAAGCAGGUAUCUAAAUUGCACGAGUAGUCUAAGAUUUUAAUAAGCUAUUUGACUCCUUUUAAUAGCUGUGCUUUCUCUUAAUCCUUCGUGACCAGCUUUUUAAUGCCAGAGACUUAAAAUAUUGAUAGCACACAUGGGGGAGGUGAGAAAGGUAGUACUGUACUAUUACCUUUCCCAAAGGAACUCUAACUGUAUUGGGUAUACACUUCUUUCUACUUGAUGUGGUAACUUUGCUGAGGUGCAAGUUGGGAGUUGUAUAGGACCUUUAUUAGGUUGAGGUCACUUGGCGAAUGAUCCUGUUUAACAAACCUGUGUUCAUGUUUCUGAAUAGCUGAAUAGUUUUCUCAUAAAAUUGUCAUGAACGUUAGGCUUUCAUACUUUACAGAAAAAUUAAAGUCAAGUUUUGUUCUUUUUAGGAAAUAAAUCCAAGGUACAUGGAUAUUCAUGUAAUCAUUAUGCACAUGGGCAGUUAAUCCAAAGAUCUUCUAAUGUUAAAACCUUUAUUCUGGACAGUGUAUGCACACACCUUGAAGAUCUCAGACAUGUGAUCAUCCAAGGUUAGAAGAGAGAAAGACAGUCAGGAAGCAUCAUUAUAGAUGUGAGGUCUCCUGGCAGACUUUGUUCUCAGGGACUAUCAGAAAUGAGGGAGUUUGCCGCUCUGAACAGGAGCUGCAUAUUGUUAUAAACAGCAACUCCGAGUAUUUGUAUUUACACUGAAAUCCUGAUUAGCAGCAUUCUGUUCUCUCAUUCCCAGUGGCUACUUUCUCACCUAUUUUGUUUAAAAUAACGAUGUCAUGUAUAUCUUGCCAUUGCAAUUACAUCUUUUUUCCUAAUGACACUAAGUACUCAGAACAUUUUUGGAAUAGAAAGUGCAUAUUUUAUUGUGUGUAGCAGAUUUAGUGAAAUGCAGCAUUCUCACUUUGGCCCCAGCUUUGCAUUUCUCCUAGUCUACUCUAUCUGCAUACAUAGAAAUAGACUCUGAAAUGAAACAAAGGAAUUACAUGUAUUAAAAUUCAGGUUUAGCAUUUAGGGAUUGAGUGUUAUUUUGGGGAUGAGAUUAUAUAGUGAGAUGUGAUUAUGUAGUAUAUUUCCUUAUGACACCGUUAACAGUUGAACUCUAUAAUGGUUUUUUUGACAUAUUCAAAAUGAAUUUAUUCUCCUAAAUGCAAUGUUCUUUUACAAAUGCUCACUGCAAAUUCAUUUGUAAUUUUUACAUGUCAAUGCUAUAUACAAAGUUGACUAUAAAAUGUGUUUUGUUUGUUGGUUACAUUGAGAAAUACCACUGUGGCAUCCUUACUUUCUCUUCUUCUGUAUAUAUAGGGUAAGGGACUAUUCUUCUGAAGAACCAUUCCAUUUAGUGAUCAAGAUACAGAAGCUGCUCUCAGAAAAUGUUUGAUUUGUAUCCUAAUUGUUCCUGAUAUCAUUUGAGUUGUAACUUGCACUGUAGCAGCAAAUGAUCCCCAACAACUUAAUAGGAAGCUUAAUAAAGUGUGCCUCUUGCUACCA